AGUUCUCCAGCUCCUGUCUGCAGACUGAGAAUCAAAUCAUUGCCUCUCCUGGUCACGUGGACGUUCGAGGUGCCGCCCACCAAUUAAACGCAUGCGCACGGACCCCGUUAAAACAAGAUGGUCGAUAUGAACUAGGCCAUGUGCAUGAGAAAAUCCUUCAGAUUUUAUCAACGCGGGACCGACAGAGUUUCAUUCGUUGUUUGUGGCCUACAAAUUCAGAUUCAACACCUGGUUUCUUUCCUCUGAUGUCUUGAAUGGCUGCUGACAGGUCUUGUUGGCAACUGAGGAUUAAUUGUCCUGGAAACUCUCAGCAAGCAGAGUGAGGGAGCAGAAGUUUCUGUCACUGAUUGCAAGGUCACAAAGGGAUCAGGGAAGAUUUCUAAAUGAACAAAUCAAGCCAAUCAUCACUUUGAGAUCUGCCAGGAUUUUUCAAUUUAUCAGGACCAGCACAUCAUCGGUCUUUAAAUGUGGAGAGAGAAAUGACGGGAGACAUACACAACGAGAGUGAGUGUCCAGUUUUAGAGUUUUAAAAAUAAAUACACAACAUUCACAGGGGAUGAAACCAUAUACGUGUUCUGCGUGUCGACAAGGAUUGAACUAAUGUCCAACCUGAAGAAAGACAAGGACAACGAAACCAUGGAGAAACAGUGGAAUUGUGGGGACUGUGGGAAGGGAUUCAAUUACCCUUCCCAGCUGGAGAUUCACCGACGCAGUCACACAGGGGAGAAGCCAUUCAUCUGCCACAUGUGUGGGAAGGGAUUCACUUCAUCAUCAAUGUUACAUAUCCACCAGAGGACUCACACUGGGGAGAAACCAUUAACCUGCUCCGUGUGUGGGAAAGGAUUUAAUUUUCUGUCCCAGCUGCUGAGGCACCAGCUGAUUCACAUUGAGGAGAGGCUGUUUAACUGCUCUGAUUGUAAGAAGAGCUUUAAAAGACAACAGGAUCUGGUCAAACACCAGCUCGUUCACACCAAGAGACAGUUCAGUUGUUCUCACUGCAGGAGGGCAUUUAGACAUUCAUGGAUCCUCCUAAAACACUAUCAGGUUCACACUGGGGAGCAGCUGUUCACCUGCUCCGUGUGUGAGAAGGAAUUUAUUCGGUUAUCUCACUUCAAUUCACACCAACGUGUUCACACUGAUGAUAGACCUUUCAAAUGUUCAGAAUGUGAGAAGGCUUUUAAAACUAGUGGUGAUCUGCUGAGGCACCAGCGAAUUCACACUGAGGAGAGGCCAUUCACUUGCUCCAUGUGUGGAAAGGGAUUUCUCUGUUUGUCCAAUCUCACUUUACACCAGCGAGCUCACUCUGACGAGAGACCUUUCCAAUGUUCUGACUGUGAGAAGAGUUUUAAAACUGCAAGGGAUCUGCUUAUGCACCAGCGUAUUCACACGGGGGACAGGCCAUUUACCUGCUCCCUAUGUGGGAAGGGAUUCACCCGUUCAUCCCACCUCCUCACACACCAGCGCAUUCACACUGGGGAGAGGCCAUUUACAUGCUCUGUCUGUGGGAAACGAUUCACUCGACAAUCUCACCUCAAUUCACACCAGCUUGUUCACACUGAUAGCAGAUCUUUUCAAUGUUCUGAAUGUGACAAGACCUUUAAAACCACAGGCAGUCUGCUGAGACACCAACGUAUUCACACUGGGGACAGGCUGUUCAUUUGCUCCGUGUGUGGGAAGCGAUUCAUUCAGUCAUGCCACUUACGGACACACCAACGUGUUCACAAAUGAUCUGCAGGGGAUGGAUUCUGUUGUUGCUGGUGAUCAUUACAAGCGAGUUCAUUCUGACAGCUGGAGUUUUAUAUCUGCUGAUGUUAUUAAUCCCAUAACUGAGCUGGAAUUUAAUUACUGUAACAG